CCACCGGUAGAAGGGUGGUCACGUGACACGACAGUCCGGGAGCGGCCUCCCCUGAAAUCUACUGCUCGAACCCGAGAUGGAGGCGACCCUGGAGCAGCACCUGGAAGACACGAUGAAGAACCCGUCCAUCGUGGGUGUUCUGUGCACGGACUCGCAAGGACUGAACCUGGGCUGCCGUGGAACCCUGUCUGAUGAACAUGCUGGAGUGAUCUCUGUCCUAGCCCAGCAAGCAGCUAAACUGACCUCUGACCCAACAGAUAUCCCUAUGGUCUGUCUAGAGUCAGACAAUGGGAAUAUAAUGAUCCAGAAACGUGAUGGCAUCACGGUGGCAGUACACAAAAUGGCGUCUUGACCUCUCAGACCUAUUCUCCAAACAAGUGUAGAACUCAGACCAAUCUUUCCAUCUCAUUUUGCUAUAAUGCUACAUGAUGAAGUGCCAGUACUUAGGCCAUCCAUUAAAUAUAAUACCUGCUUCUUUUCUGUUUA